GUUUGUCCGUACAUAUCUGAUGCUAAGUUUUUUCUAGUCCUCCUUAUCCACAACCCCUCCUCCUCCUCCUCCUCGUGCUUCUUCCAGCUCCAGGGCGUGAUUGCGGGUCGCAACCCGACACAGGUACCGUGCCAGGCUGCCAUAGGCCAGCUCCAGCAUCGGCGCCAACAGAGUCGCCCACAAAACCGCUCCCUUUUUUUUCCCUUUCUUUGUUUGUCAGUGUCCACUGCCAUAGCACUACACUGGUGGCGAUACUGAUACGUGCAGAGAAGCAAACCAACGAGUUCUCUCACUCGCUAUAAGUGGGAGCCUCUAUCUUAUCUCCACUUCUUCUUCAGACUUCUCAAAGAAGAAGAGUCAGGCUCCUCUUCCUCGGCAUCCUCCUCCUGAAUUCUCCUUCUCGGAUCACCUCUUCUCUUCACCUCCUCUCUCUCCCAUCCGCUGCAACCGCCGCUUACAAACGAGAGUUUAAUUGGUAUUUUAGUCUUCUGCACAUCCAUCGAGCUCAUCAUCAGAUUGAAACAAAUAAAGUGAAGUAUUUGAUCACUUAUAUGGCCCUCAAGACGCUGCAAGUUCCAUCUAGCUUUGCAAGGCCGAUCAACCGCAGCUUCAUCGGUUCUUCUUCUUCUUCGUCGUCGUCGUCUCAGUUUUCUCUGCGGCCAAAGCCUGCAUCGGCACGGCUCGCCGCAAGUGUCGCCGGAGAGAGGCGCCUCGAAUGCAGGGGCGGCAGCAGCCUGCACGGCUGCGUGGACGAGGGCGCCGCGGCGGCGUCGAGGAGGCGGCAGGAGCAGGCGGUGGAGAUCCCCAUCGUUCUGUUCCCGUCGGUGGUCUUCCCCGGCGCGACGGUGCAGCUCCAGGCGUUCGAGUUCCGGUACCGGAUCAUGGUGCACACGCUGCUCCAGGAGGGGGUCACCAGGUUCGGCGUCGUGUACUCCGGCGGCGGGGUGGGGGGCGGGGUGGCGGCCGGCGAGGUGGGGUGCGUGGCGCACGUGGUGGAGUGCGAGCGGCUCGUCGACGGCCGGUUCUUCCUCACCUGCGUCGGCGGCGACCGGUUCCGCGUCGUCGGCGCCGUCAGGACGAAGCCGUACGUGGUCGCGAGGGUCCAGCCCCUGGCCGACGCGCCGCCCAGCCAAGAACGCGGCGGCGACGGCGGCGGCGACAUGGUGCGCCACCUCGUGGAGCGAGUGGAGGAGCAGCUCAAGAACGUGGCGGCGCUGUCGGACAAGCUCGGGUGGAGCCGGCCGCCGCUGCCGUUCCGCGCGACUUGCUCCCCGUCGUCGCUGUCGUUCGCCGUGGCGAGGGAGGUCGUGGAGGACCGGGAGGAGCAGCAGGCGCUGCUCCGGCUGGACGACGCGGCGGCGCGGCUGGCGCGAGAGGGGAGGUACCUGGAGCGGAGGAGCAGGUACCUGGCCGCCAUUGCGGCGAUCAAGGACGCCCUCGGUGGCCACCUCUACUGCAACGACAAGUAGAGACGACGACGAUCGAGUGAGUACUCCGUUAAUAACCGGCCACUGGUGAGGACUCCCAUGGCCAUAGGUUUCUUUGGUUUUGUUUGGCUUCUCUGCUUCAGAAUUCAGAGUUCAGAGUUCUAAUGUAAAUAUUUUUGUAAGUUCCUCGAGCUGUUUUUUGUGGUGAAAACUUUGCAUUGAGUAGAUGUAUUUAGGAGUACUUCAUAAUGUACAGAAGGAUUGAUGUACCAUCUGCAGGUUACUCAUCAGGUGAUAAAUAAGAGUACACCAUGUAACAUUGUAGCAAAAAAAAAAAGAGUGAGAAAUCACACAAAUGUUUGUGCAAGGUCCAGUCAAUUGAACACUCGCGCUUACACCUGAA